AUGAUUUUACACAUACCAUUGGAAGUGAGCUCAUCAGCCGUACGUCUAUACUUCCAAACGGUGUGAAGAACUGUUGGCACGUUGCUGUAGACGCUGUGAUAUUGGGUGGUAACCGUUUUACCAACAGAGUUGUAACCGACCAUGAGGCAGAACCUGGCUGUUGUAUGAUUAAAUACAAAAUGCGGGAUCUGAGGUGGUCGCAAAUCCGCCAUUUUUCCAUACCUUUUCGGAACUUACGUUCAUAAUUCGAAAUGUGCCCUCGUUACCGUGAUUCUGGUGUUUGGAGGUGAAGAAGUUCGCCGCCUCAGUGAAAGGUAGUCACGACCUUUUGCUUUGAACUGGAACGAAUGAGGCAGAACGAAAACCUAGUUUUGAUUGGCCCAAAAGCAAUUUUAGUACCAUAUAAACCGGAACAUGUCCUUGUAUACCACGAAUGGAUGAAAUCGCCAUUUCUUCAAGAAAUGACAGCUUCAGAACCUCUUACUCUUCAAGAAGAGUAUGAUAUGCAGCAAUCAUGGCACUUGGAUGAUAAUAAAUGUACAUUUAUCCUUUUGGCCCUUCCAUCACCUGGUACAACAUCUGAAGAAUUGAAAACAACUGCACUCUCAAAAGCUGGAACAGUUAUGAUUGGCGACGUCAACCUCUUCUUCAAUGACCCAGAUAAUGAUAAAUCGUGUGCAGAGAUAGAAAUCAUGAUUGCUGAAGAAAAAUAUAGACGAUCCGGCUAUGGAAUUGAAGCUAUCAAAAUGAUGAUGGCUUAUGCUAUGACGGAAUUAGGUGUAGAGAAAUUUGAAGCAAAGAUAUCUUUAAGGAACCAACCAAGUAUCGACAUGUUUUGCUCGAAGCUUCAUUUUCGAGAACGGUCUGUCUCUACUAUCUUUGAAGAGGUAACAUUGGAUUGGAAGACAAGUACCGCUCAGAAAAUCGUUGGCGAAGAGGACAUGCCAGAGCCGAGCAAAGAGGAGCUCGAGGCCAUGCAACGAGUCGAGAAUCAAAUACUAGCCUUUUGGGAGAACAACGUACACUCUACUACCUGGGAAAAAUCAUAAGCUAACAUCACAAUGUUUGCUCCAGUCUUGCUCUAAGAAUACCUCAGCAAACGAGACUUACCGGCAAGUAAGACUCGGCUAUCCAUCGGCCCAUGACAUAGAACUUGGGUGUUAUUGAAAUAGCGUUAUCAUGAUCGCUCACGACAUUAUAUAGACACCACUGUUCAUGAUUUUGCAUUAUUUUGCUUUUCGCUCAUUGUUCAAUACAAAAUUUUCCUGUUUCCUUCCAUUCA